UGAAAAGAAAAAAACCUCCUCUCUUAAUAGCUAUUUUCUAUUUGAUAAUUCAACCUACCACGUAUAACGUACAACAGUUAUACACCCUACUCACUCCACAAUCCACAUCUACCAUUCCAAGAUCCGAACUGAACUCCAACGCCAUUUUUUCCCCCUAAGAAAAAACCUCCAAUGCAUUUCCUCUAUUCUCCAGAACUAAUCUGAUAAUACAAACAUCAAUAAAACCAUGAUCCGGACAACCAAAAUCCCCAAUCACACCACUGCACUAAUCAACCGCCUCCGCCGCCACCACUUCCCUCCGGCGAGAUCCCUAAUCCUCACCACCACCGAGGGCCGCCGCCCCACCAUCGUCCACAAGCGGAGCCUCGACAUCCUCCACGACCCAUGGUUUAACAAGGGCACCGCCUUCUCCGUCACGGAGCGCGACCGCCUCAACCUCCGCGGCCUCCUCCCCCCCAACGUCAUGUCCCCCGGCCAGCAGAUCGACCGAUUCAUGGUCGACCUCCGCCGCCUCCAGGUCCAGGCCCGCGACGGCGAGUCCGACACCAACGCCCUCGCCAAGUGGCGGAUCCUCAACCGCCUCCACGACCGCAACGAGACCAUGUACUACCGGAUCCUCCUCGACAACAUUGCGGAGCAUUCCGCCAUCGUCUACACCCCCACCGUCGGCCGCGUCUGCCAGAAUUACAGCGGCCUGUUUCGCCGGCCGAGGGGCAUGUUCUUUAGUGCCGCCGAUCGCGGGGAGAUGAUGUCCAUGGUCUAUAAUUGGCCCGCCGAGCAGGUUCAUAUGAUUGUCGUCACAGACGGAAGCGGGAUAAUGGGACUGGGAGACCUGGGCGUACAGGGGAUCGGGAUGGCGAUCGGGAAACUCGACCUCUACGUAGCGGCGGCGGGGAUAAACCCGCAGAGAGUUCUCCCGGUGAUGAUCGAUGUCGGGACCAACAACGAGAAGCUGCUGGGAGACCCAUGGUACCUGGGACUGCAGGAGCGGCGGCUCGACGGCGACGAGUACGUCGAGAUCCUCGACGAGCUUAUGGAAGCGAUCUUCACUCGCUGGCCGAACGUCAUCGUCCAAUUCGAAGGGUUCCGCGGCGAAUUGGCUCACAAGUUGUUGCACAGAUACAGAAACGUCUACAGAAUGUUCAACGACGACAUCCAGGGCACGGCGGGGGUUGCAAUCGCCGGAAUUUUAGGAACCCUAAGAGCGAGGAAACGCCCAAUUUCCGAUUUCCCCAAUCAGAAGAUCGUCGUCGCCGGCGCGGGAAGUGUAGGAAUCGGGUUCCUCAAUGCGGUUGGGAAAACGAUGGACCGAUUUCUGGUACAGAGUACCGGCGGCUCCGGUUGUGAAAGUAAGAUUCGGGACCAGAUCUGGGUUGUUGAUGCUCGAGGGUUAAUCACCGAGGAACGCCGGGAAAUCGAUCCGGAGGUUCGUCGUUUUGCGAGGAUAAGUGGGAAUCGGUUGAAGGAAGGGGCGGAUCUGGCGGAAGUGGUGGGGGAAGUGAAGCCGGACGUUUUAGUCGGGUUUUCGGGUUCCGGCGGGUUGUUCACGAAAGAUGUAUUGAAUGCCCUGAAAGGAUCCGGAUCCGACCCGGGACGUCGGCCGGCGAUUUUUGCGAUGUCGUACCCUAAUCCGGAGUGUACAUUCGAGGAGGCCUUUGCAGUUUUGGGGGACAACAUGAUAUUCGCGACGGGGAGUUCACCGACGGCGAAGCGGUGCUGUAAUCAGGUGAACAAUAUGUAUCUGUUUCCAGGGAUCGGGCUCGGGGCGCUGCUAUCCGGGUCGAAGAUGAUAUCGGACGGGAUGCUGCAGGCGGCGGCGGAGUGCCUGGCGGGAUGCGCGUCAGAGGAGGAAUUGGGGAAGGGGAUAGUGUACCCGGAGAUAUCGAGGGUGAGGGAGAUAACGGAGAAAGUAGCGGCGGCGGUGGUGAAGGAGGCGAUUGAGGAGGAUGUGGCGGAAGGUUACAGGGGAAGGGCGAAAGCGAGGGAGCUGCAGCGGCUGGACGAUGAUGAGAUUGUGGAGUAUGUGAAGAACAAUAUGUGGAGCCCGGAGUACGCCAAGAUGGUGUUUAAGUACCAAUGAGAAGAGUAUUCGCCGGCGGCCGGCGGUGAGAUGGAGCUGCCGGAUGUUAUUGUUUGAUGAUGAUCCACUUCACUCCCGCCAACAAUUUUGAAGAGAUACAUACCUAUAUCUUCUACUUCUUUCAUUUUCUUGUUUAUGUUACCUAAUCAUCUUCUUUUGUUACAGGAAGUUGAGGUAUGUGACAAGAAAUAACUUCAUACAAAAUACGUAAUAAUUGGAAUUGAAGUUUGAAUUGUCCGACAAUUUAAAAUACGGAUGAAAUAAUUUAGUUCGGAUAAGUUCGAAUUGACUGGUUUUUAGGCAAAAACAAUUGUCUAGGACAUGACAGGUAAUUUGGAUUCAUUCGUUUUAAAAGAAUCGUAUUGUACAACAAGACAAUUACCAAAUUGUCCCAUUUCCUAAUUUAUGAAUUCAAAUCGCUCCUAUAAGAAGCCACCGCGUCGAUAUCCUGCUCUCGCAUUACCGACUAUCAAGAAUUUCUCUUUCAUCUUCUUCUUCCUCUCCUCCUCAUUGUGUCUUCAUCAUUUUAUUCAUCUUCUCUAUGACGCGGUGGCUUCUUAUAGGAGCGAUCUAGUGGUAAUAUCACUAACCUUGAAUCUGAAGGUUCCAUAUUCGGAUCUCUUAAGUGCCUAAUGACAAAAGAAGUCAUUUAUAUCACCCUUGUAAAAAAAAAAAAAUUUAACUACUGACUUUCUAGAAAAGUAGGUGAAAAAACUCAGAAACAUAGGCAUGCAUCCUAAAUACAAGUACACAAUACAUUUCCACAAAAGAAAAAAAAAAUCCUAAAUGUAACAUAUAAUGAUAAUUGACAUAAGGUCUUAGGUCAAAUAUUUCCUUUGAUACAUUAUAGGGAGAAAAAAAAACUGCUUUUACUUGGCUACUAAUUGUACAUUGAUCAUAAACCCCAUCUUUCAUC